GGAGAGCCAGAGAAAGAGCAAAGGACAGAAAGAGAGAAAUAUAUGGGACAGUCUCAUUCUUGCUCUCUGAGAUCACGGAGCAGUAGAAUGUGUUAAGAGCUACUCCGACUUUCUGCCUGGGAAACAAUAAGGAAACUUUAACUGGAAGGUGGCUGGACGGAGGGAUUUUUAGCCGGGCCAAAUCUCAGGCCGUUAAAACCGCUGUCUGGAGUCUCAGCGACUCACACAGGAGGGCUGAAAAAAAUGAAUUAUCUGAAUGUGCUGGCCAAGGCCUUGUAUGACAAUGUGGCUGAGUCCCCAGAUGAGCUGUCCUUCCGGAAAGGUGACAUCAUGACCGUUUUGGAGCGGGACACACAAGGCCUAGACGGCUGGUGGCUGUGCUCCCUGCACGGGCGCCAGGGCAUCGUGCCUGGCAACCGUCUCAAGAUCCUAGUGGGCAUGUACGACAAGCAGCAGCAUCAAGGUCAACAAGGGCAGCAGCAGCAACAACAGCAGCAAACCUCUCAACCCAGCCCAGCUCAGAGUACCCUCACCAUCCCUCAGAGCGCCUACAGCAAACCCUCCCCAUCCACCCAGUACACCGACAUGCACCCAGCCUUCUCCUCCUCCAGCCCUGCUGGCCCCAGCACCCCAAACAGCCACUACAUGCUACCACCCACGCUCGGGAAGCCCUCCCCUUCGAGCCUGUACCAAGUACCGACUGGCCCCCAGGGCCCACAGGGUCCACCCAAGACCCCUGCCCUAACACAGAAGCAAAGUAACCCAGCACAGUACCAUCCCACAGGGCAGGAUAUCUACCAAGUGCCACCCUCCAUGAGCGCUCCAGGCCAGGACAUCUACCAGGUACCACCCCCAGCAGGAGGGCCUUCUGCUGGGCAGGAUAUUUACCAAGUUCCCCCAUCCAUGAACCAAACUCAGGACAUCUACCAGAUCCCUCCUUCCAUAGAGAAGAGGAGCUGGGACUCCUCCAAGCCAAUGGGAAAGGUGGUGGUGCCCACUCGUGUGGGUCAGGUGUAUGUGUAUGGUCCAGGGAAUACUGAGCAGGAUGAGUAUGAUGUGCCUAGGCACUUGCCCCCCUCCCAGGAUAUCUACGAUGUGCCCCCCACUCGAGCCCAAUACAGCCAACAGGUAUAUGAUACUCCUCCCAUGGCCAUGAAAGGCCCGCCCAGUAGAGACCCUCAGGAGAUCUAUGACACCCCCCCCAAUGCUGACAAGAGUCAAUCACUGUCCCAGCAGGUGUAUGACUUUCCACCAUCAGUGAGCAAAGAUGUUCCUGAUAUACCCAUCAGGGAGGAGACGUAUGAUGUUCCUCCCCACUUUGCCAAGAUGAAGAGUCCAGACAACCAGAAUCAGUCUCAACUAUGCCAGGGUCCUGGAGGUUCAGAACCGUUCAUUCCUGAAGAUGUUUACGAUGUCCCUCCUCCACCCCUCACUGGUAAACGUCAGCUAGAGGGACAGGAGAUAUAUGAUAUACCUGCCAGCUUGCGGAAAGGAGGCCCUCACGACCAGCACCUAGGAGAUGUCUACGACUUCCCCCGUGAACGCUCAACGGGUGAUGAGUCGGGCGAUUACGUUUACGAUGUCCCUCCGCAGGUUGUGCGUGACGCCGCUGCCGCGGAGGAGCUGACAGUCAGCUUCAAGCGUCUGUCAGCGUCCAGCACAGGAAGCACACGUAGUAAUCUCUCCAACUCUUCUCUGGACAUGGUGCCCGUACGGGAGUCAUCCGUGCCCGGUCAGGGGGUCCCAAGCCGUCUGCUGAUCCUGGACCUGGAGCAGGCCAUGGAGCGGCUGUCUCGCCUGCAGCAGGCUGUGGAGAGUUCUGUCUCCCUUCUCAUGUCCUUCAUAAGUGGGAACUGGCGCAGCCCCACGCAGAUGGAGGCCAACCUUCCUGCCAUCCGGCAGGCCGCUGACCGGGUGCGAGCAGCUGUGAGAGACCUGCUGGAGUUUGCCCGGGGCGCAGUGGCCAAUGCUGCUCAGGCUACAGACCGUACACUGCAAGCUAAGCUGGGCAAGCAGGUGCAGAAGAUGGAAGAGGCCUUCCAAGGCCUGGUAAAGCACAGUCAGGGACUGGACGCCCUGGGCUGGGCUCCCUCUGCGCUCUUGGCACCCCCUGCAGGCAGUGGAGGAGACGACCUGGACAAGCUGGUCAUGUGCGCACGGGGAGUGCCCGAUGACACGAAGCAACUGGCAUCAUUUCUCCAUGGCAACGCUUCGUUGCUCUUCAAAAGGACAAACAAACAGCAGCUGCCGCUGCCACCUCUGCCACACUCUGCAGACACGCUCAGUCAGCUGACCAACAAUAACAACAUCUCAGCCUAUCAGACGGGCACACCCGAGAGGGCCAACAUCCAGUCCCGCCCCUUACCCUCUCCACCCAAAUUCACAGCUGAGGAGGAGACUCCUGAUAGGCCAUAUGAAACGACAGAAGAGGGCUGGAUGGAGGACUACGAUUAUGUUCACUUACAGGGUAAGGAAGAGUUCGAGAAGAACCAGAGGGAGCUGUUAGCAAAAGGCAAUAUCACAAGACAGCACAAGACUCAGCUAGAACAGCAGCAGCUCAAGCAGUUUGAGAGACUGGAGCAGGAGGUCACCCGACCAAUCAAUAAUGACAUUUCGGGCUGGACCCCACCCCCUCACUAUCCCCACACGACACGCAGCAAGCUCAGCACGGGCGACCGACAGCUACUGCUCUUCUACUUUGAGCAGUGCGAGUCCAACAUCACCACACUCACAAAUGCCAUCGACGCCUUCUAUUCUUCCAUCAACAACAACCAGCCGCCAAAGAUCUUCGUGGCCCACAGCAAGUUUGUCAUCCUCAGCGCCCACAAGCUGGUCUUCAUCGGGGACACACUGUCACGACAGGCCAAAUCGCCCGAGGUGAGGGCACGGGUGGCGCAGCACAGCAACACGCUCUGUGACAAGCUGAAAGACAUUGUCGUGAGCACGAAAACUGCGGCCCUGCAGUACCCCUCACCCGGCGCCGCCCGGGACAUGACCGAGAGGGUACGAGAGCUGGCCGGCUGUACCCAACAGUUUCGAAUGGCACUCAGCCAGUUAAUAGCCAUGUGACUGGGCCCAGGAGAAAAGAGUGAGAGGACACUGUGAUGAUAACACACACUUAUGAUUACGGACUCUGAGUCUGAGUGGACAUCCUGAACCUCUCUCAAUCUGCUUUUUAUUCUCAAACAGGACAACCCUUUGUGAAUGGGCUGCACUGUUCGUUGUAAAUGAAUCAGUGUAUAUAUUUAUGUUGCUAUAAAGUGUCUUUGAAGUCGUCAGACAGAAGCGAAAGAGAUCGAACUUUGAACUUGACAUUGUUUGGAACACCAGAGGGGGGGGGAAUCAAAGCUGAAAAGUAGUUUUUAGACAUUAUCCAUCAUUGUUGUUGUUAUUAUUAUUAAUACUAUACUGUAAUUAUUGCUCUGAUUAUUAUAAUUGUUAUCACUAUUAUUACUGUAUGUUGAUUAAGGAUGUCCAAAAUUUCAAACUUGUAUGUAGAAGUACUUAAUGCUGUUUUUCAUCAAAGAUUGAUUAUUGAGGAAACUUAAUGAAUUAUGUACUUUAAGGGGGGAAAUGAUGUCAAAAAAAAGUGACAUGCUGUCCUUCCUGCUGUUGAUAGUGGAGCCUGCGAUUCAGUGGAAGCAAAGCAUGCUGGGAGUGAGUUGAUGAGCAGGUUCUUAAUGAGCUCUUCAGAUUCACUACUGUCGUGGGACAGAUUUCAUUUGACAAGCUUGACAUGCUAAUUAAAACUCGCCAGUUAAGUAGUCUCAACAUAUUUCAACAUUAUCCCUCCAUUUGCCGUGAGAUUAAGGAAGGCAGAGAAGAACAGAUCACCUUGACAUGUUAGCAAAGAUAAAGGAAUCAUUUUUCUUAAACAUGACUCCAUCAUCUUUUUUUUCUUGACACUCAAGUGUCUGUGCUUCUGUUCCUCAUUCUUUUCAAAAGCACAACAUAUUAUUAGCCUGUUUGGUAGGUUUGCUCUAACCUCUCUCCUCUCUCUCUCUCCCUCUCUUUUUCACUCUCUGUUGUCAGCAUGUUUUAGCAUAGCCUAAACAGAUUCCUUGGUGAUUCAUUCUGAACACAGAACUUAAGCGAGUAGUUUCGUUUCUCGGGAAUGCUUCAGUGCCUCUUAGCACUUCCCCACAGCAGACCCAAGCCCUGCUGGACAGGGUGUUAGAGUAAAGGAGGUGUCAGUUUGCCAAGAGCCUAUAUGUGCCAUCUUUGGCAUGAUCUGUUUUGUUUUUUUUUCUUUUCGCUAUGCCUUUUCUCUAUCAAAAUCUUUAAACAUAACUUUCCAGAUUUACGAACACAGGGCCAGAUUUAUUAAAGCUAUGAAUGUUAAAGUUGUAUGUGCAUGCAGAAGCAAAAUGGAUACCUGUGAUUGGUGCCUGGUAAAAAAACAACGACCAAUCACUCUCCAUGUUACCGGUCUUUAAACUAGACCCUCGAAAGUUCACACAACUUUAAGGCUUUAACAGAUCACACUCAUAGUUUCUUAAGAUGGUAGAGAACAUUGUGUCAUUUGUAUAGUGUAAGGUAGUAGCAGCUGACUUGUAUAUUCCCUCAGCUGUUCCAGGGUGUUUGUAUGUGAGAUAAGUGGUUGGCUAUGGGCAGCCUACAACCUUUAUACAGAGCCUAGAGUUCUACCAAGCUCUUUUUCCCCCUCUGCUCCCUCUAAAUACCCAAUUGGUUGUAUUCUAGGUAUCAGAAUAUGUCAGCAGGCGUAGUUCCAUGAAACUUACUAUACUAUUAAGUACUGCAACAUGUUGUUGUGCAUAUAGUUGAAAUCCCUAUCCAGCAGACAAAAAAGAAAAAAAAAAAAGAAUAAAAGAAGAGUACCAUGAGUUAAAAGGUGAAUGGUAUUUGUUGUAAUGUUAUUAUGUUCUCAAAUCUGUGUUCAAGGAUUUGGAAGACGUUGAGAUAUAUGUUAAGAACAUACUGUACAUUGCAUAACUGGAAAA